CUGAGAUCUUUGUCACAAACUGUCGGAUUUCCUGCAGAAAGAUGGAGACGCUGCUCGCUCUGUGGAUCGCUCUCACCGUCACCGCCUCAGUAUUCUCCACUACAACUCCUGAUGCCAUGACAACCAGGAGAGAACCCAGUCCAACCAGUGACCACGCAACAACACCUGGAAACAACACCAGUCCAACCAGUGACCACGCAACAACACCUGGAAACAACACCAGUCCAACCAGUGACCAUGCAACAACACCUGGAAACAACACCAGUCCAACCAGUGACCACGCAACAACACCUGGAAACAACACCAGUCCAACCAGUGACCACGCAACAACACCUGGAAACAACACCAGUCCAACCAGUGAGCACGCAACAACACCUGGAAACAACACCAGUCCAACCAGUGACCACGCAACAACACCUGGAAACAACACCAGUCCAACCAGUACCACUGCUGAUCACAUGUCAGCUUCACCUGAACCCAACGUGACCACCAGCAGCUCUCCAAAUAGCAGUGAGCACCACACGACCAACCACUCUCUUGUAACCACGGCGACAAACACAGCACACACUGUGCCAGUUUCCCCCGGCAACAACACUCACACCAACUCUACAUCACCCACUACAACGACGUCCAAUGAUACCAUGGCAACAAGAACUGUUUCCCCAAAUAAAACAGGGUCAUCACAGAGUGUGGCCCCGCCCCUGGCCAGCGGCAGCGGCGUUCCUGGGUGGGGCAUCGCUCUGCUGGUCCUGGCAGCUCUGGUUCUGCUGCUGCUGAUCCUGCUGCUGAUCGGACUGCUGGUUUGGUGCUGCUGCUACAGAGGGCGCUACAAAGACUUCAGUCCCUAUGACCAUCUGACCCACAGAGACGACAUCCCACUGUACACCACUCACAGCCGCUUUGAAGGGCCCAAUGGGAGGCCAUACGAGGAACUCGAUAAGCCGAUGAAGAACCGGACGGGGAUUUACACGGUCAACCAAUAAAAACGCUCCACGACUCGAGCGAGGAAGACACAACGCGACGACAUCACUUCAAACUUUGUUACAUAAAAAGUUGUUUUAUUUUGAUUUUGUUGUUUUAUAAA